CCUGAAAUAGGCGUCUCAUCUCACAGAUAUUAUAUGCGUCCUUCAUCAUCAAACUCGCUUUUCCUAGUGCUUACUAUCUUUACUUCUUUACCUUCAAGAUACAAUGCCUCCUGGGUUAACGCGGAAGCGAUUGUUCCUCGGGCUUGCCUCUAUUCUACUAUACAUAACCUUAAUCCCAAAUCCUUUGCAUAGUUACAUCCGCAGGAGACAAACCUACAACCCCUUCAGAGCAUACUCUUCCAACCCAUCCUCAACCACCCCUUUGACUUUGCCAGGUUCGCUCAUACUGGCCCCGUUCUCACCAUCCAUAAAUUGCAUUGAAUGGCUCCAGCAAAUGAACGACACAAUCAUCUACCCCUUCGGUGUGUUCCCCCAUGACUACGGUGCACUCGAACUCGCAAGCUGCAUUGCAAGAGAGGAGGCCAUGGAAAUAAACGCACGCAUAAGACACAUUCAAGUCGCUUUUCCCUUGUCAGGCUCGCCUCAGGCAUACCUGACGCCUCUGCAAGAUAUCAUGGUUCUUUUACCGAACUUAGAGACUGUCAGUUGGUCUUCGUGGAACUGGCCCAUCAUCGACGACCUCACGUCAUGGGCUAAAGAGCACAAAUCGAACGUUAAAACGCAGACCAUUGACCGGACGGUGCGCCCCUUCGAGGGAUGCCAAAGCACUCUGCAAGUAGGCGCCUCUUACGAUGGUAACGACGAGCUAUUUGUAGUGGACCAAGCCUAUGAUAUCCUCACUACCUUCCCAAAAGUUGAGUCGCUGUCGCUCUCUUUCGCUCAAGGCGGGUGCCUGGUUGAGUUGUCCAAUCCCUGGUCCUCCAACUUUCGAUGGUACGACACCUUCCCCUCUUUGGAUUACCUGGAACUAUCGGACUAUCGCUGGGACGACAUAUGCGGUAACAAGAAAGAAUCGGUAGCGAGCUGGAAAAAGCAUAUAGACUGGACCAAGUUGCGAACUCUGGAUAUCGACCUGCCCCCAAAUUCAUUCUUGGACGUAUUUAAAGGCGAGGAGCUACUCCAGAGCCUUGAGUCCCUAACCCUCCGCCCCAAAUGGAGCUUCCGGGGCAACGAAACCACCUUCUGCAAAUUCGACGACGAAGCAACUCAACUCCGCGCAAACUACACUGCCUUCAUAACCUCUCUGCGUCCCCUGCGCGAGCUCAGCAUAUCAGGCAUGGGCAAACACCUCGAUAUAGUUCCAAUUCUAGAGCGCCACGGCACCACGCUUCGUAAACUCAGCAUCCACGAAUUCGAGCGCGACUGUCCCAAUCGAACACGCCCCUACCUCGUUCAUCAACUAGCACAAAUCCGGGAAUAUGCGCCAUUUCUGCACACGCUCGAACUCGACUUCAUCCGUGGCCCUACCGGCUGGCCUGGAGACUCGAUCGAGGAGCUCGCCGAUUUUGAACAGCUGCGGGAGCUGACGAUGCAUUUUGACCUCGAGGACCCGGAGUGGCAGAUGCGGAACCUAGAGUGUGUGGCUAGGAGCGAGCAUCCAGAGAAGUGCCCGCUUGUUGCAGCACUCGCGGAGCCGCGCCUGAACCUACCGGAUGCUAGAAAAAUGUUUAGAUAUCUGAUACAGCUGGGAACUAUGACGAAUGAAAAUGAGAGCUGGGAAAAGAUUUGGACGUUUACGACGGGGGAGUGUGGGAGGAGGCAAGGUGGGGGGACGAGGUUUCGGGAAGAUUAUGUGCCGAUGCCUAGGCAAGGUCGUGUGUUCGUAUAA